AUGAUGGGUUAUUUUACACCUUAUGUAUUUCUUCCUAAGUAUGCUUCAAUAGAAAGAGGUAUUCCUGAAAGUAGAACCGUGUUUCUAGUAUCAGUUAUUGGUGUUAGUAAUACAAUUUGUCGAUUUGCAUCUGGUUGGAUAACAAAAAUUCCUUCGAUGUCACCAUUACUUGUCAAUAAUGUUGGUUUAAUGAUUGGUGGUGGACUUACAUUACUUGUACCGUUAUGCCAAACAUAUUCCCAUUUUAUGGUUUAUUGCUUUAUUUGGGGUGCUUUUGCUGCAUUUCAUAUGUCGUUAAGCCCCAUAAUUGUUUGUCAAAUUGUUGGUCUUGAACUUUAUAGUAGUGCAUUGAGCUUAAUUUUAAUGUUUCGUGGCGUAGCAACACUCGCUGCUCCACCUAUCCUGGGUGCAACACGUGAUAUAACUGGAAGUUUUGCUACGGCAUUUAUAAUUAGUGGUUUUGCUUUUAUAAUAAGUUCCCUAAUGCAUUUUUCUCUUAAUUGGAUGGAUCGUUCAAAUAAAGUAGAAAUUGAUGAAACAAAUAAGGCUAAAGAAUUUCAGGGAAAUUCAGUUGAAGCUGGAGUUUAA